AUGGCGUCUCGGGACAGCUCCAACAACCUCUUGAAUAAACAGGGAUCGAAGUUUGGCAUCUGCUACGCUUUUCGCGACGGUAUCUGUCGCUUUGGAAAAAACUGCCGCUUUCGUCACUCGAGUGGCCCUAGAAAGGUGUCUGGUGAGUCCACGGCGGAAGCGAAGCCUUCCGGGGAGACCCAGCGGAAAGUCGCGGGCAAGGAGGACGAGAGAGCCUCUUCUCAGAAGAGUCUUCUGGACCUGAGGGUUGGCCUUCUGUGUGAUCGGCAUGAUAGUAAGACGUGUGUCGUCGGUUUCUCGUUUUGA